GGAAGAAGUAGCAGCAGCAGGGAUUUAUUUUGAAAAUGGCGGGUGCUUUGAACGAAGAGGAACUUGUGCGACGUGUUUAUGCUGCGUUGCAGGCUGCGUCUUGUCCUCUGGUGGAGGGUCUGGAGCUACAGGAAGCGGACAGUAUGCUGGAGCUGCUGUGUGUUCCCUCUCAGCACCGCACCAACAUACUGAAAUGGAUCUGCAGCAGCAUCAACCCAAACUUUGGCAAUUCCAAGGCAACAUCAAUGAGAUCCAAAGACCCAGAUGCUUUGCCUAAAGAAAUGGCUGUUCUGGGGCAGGAGCUGAUGCUGUGCAAAGCAGAUGACAUGGCCCUGAUCAGAGAGGGUGACGCAAGUAUUCACAGGCAGCUGCAGUUCCUGGAGCAGCUUCUAACUCUAGUCCCUGGCUGCAAGAAGUCGGCUGGGCCCAGAUUGGAUGCGGAGGCGCUGCUGAACGAGCUCUAUGCAGCUGAGAAUCUGCCUCACCUUUCACAAAUGCUCAAACCCACACUCGACCCCUGGCCGGCACACAUCAAGGCUUUACGUAAGGGCAUCAAGUCAUCUUCUAAGCCGAGUCGAGAAGAGGCAGCUGAUGUGGCCACCCUUCUUCAGAUGACUCAGUCAGCACUGGAGCAGCUACAGUCAGAGUGUGAGUUCCUGAACAGUGAGGCACAGAGUUGUGACGUCUUCUCUCCAAGCUCACUGCGCGUGGCAGCUUGUGACCUCCAGCAGCUGAUGUCUACUUUCAGCCAUGUUUUCGAAACAGACUUGAGAGCUUACUGCAGCAGAGAUCCUCCCAGCUUCAGCGCAGAGACCGACAUCUUUCAGAGAGUGCACCAGCUAUUGCUGGCCUUCAUCACGGAGUUGGAAAUGUUAAAGCAAGUAUCAGAAGCUUCUGUGUCCGUGAAUGAGGAAGUAAACCAGCUCCAAACGCAGCCUUGCUACCAGAGUCGAGGAGAGAAGCUGACAUCACAGAACCAACUGGAGGAACUUACCAGGCGAAUUAGAAGCUUUUUCUCCCUGCUCCAUUCCUGAUGGUGUCCCUUAACAUACCUUUGACCUGAUGGCUUCAUGCACUGCACAGACACUGGCCAAAAACCACCAGGGUCAAAGUUCAUUGACUGCUGAUGUGAGCAUGCACUCAAAAUAAUGCAGCAAUUAUGGAAGUCACAGUCUGAUCUGUGAUUAGUGUUUGAUUUCUCAGAAGUUAACCAGUGCCAGCCACUGUUACUUAGAUGUUUCAGCAGAACUGCACUCAUCUUCCUGUUUUGAAAGAACUGAUCCUCGCUGAUGGAGUCAUACGCCCAGUUGAUUGAGGGGCAGGUUUUGUCAUUACCAUCAAAAUGCUGGAUUGCUCCACAGUGAUGAGCAGAAGGGGUUCAGUGGGUGGAUGUCCAUUUUGCUGGGAUAGUAUCAAAUAUAUAAUAACAAUUCAGCGGUCUUUUUUUUGUCUCUCACCCUAACUUGUAUUGUCCUUUGAUGUACUUAAUAUAAACAUGUAUAUGCUAU